CUGCGUUUAAUCUUUAGGGAAAUCGAAAAUCCCAAUUCCUCGACCUUCUCUUCUCUGUGAUUCCGCCGCCUCCAGUUCUCUUGCAGCUCAGUUCUCUCCAAACCCUAAUAUUCAAUGGGGGCUAAGGCGAAGAAAGCUAUGAAGAAGAAACUGAAUAAGGCUACUUCUUUAUUGUCUGAGAAGAAGGAAUCUGCCGAUUUCUUGCCGUUGGUUGGGGGCCCUGGCCGCAAGUUACCGGCACAAAAGCCACUGGAAAAUACUGCUACUGUUUUGUACAUUGGUCGCAUACCCCAUGGUUUCUUCGAGAAGGAGAUGGAAGGGUUUUUUGGACAGUUUGGUAAAGUCAAGAGAUUAAGAAUUGCACGAAAUAAAAAGACUGGGAAGUCAAGGCACUUUGGCUACAUUGAAUUUGAAUCUCCGGAGGUGGCAAAAAUUGUAGCUGAUUCUAUGCAUAACUAUCUGUUGUAUGAACACAUUCUGAAAGUCCAUCUAAUUCCUCCCGAACAUGUUCAUCCAAAGCUAUGGAAAGGUUUUAACUAUCGCUACAAGCCUUUAAAUUUGUUCGAACUUGAGCGUAAACAGCAUAACAAGGAAAGGACAUUGAGUGAACACAGGAAGUUGGUGGAGAGGAUCUUGAAGCGGGAUCAGGCUAGACAGAAGAGGAUAAGAGCUGCUGGGAUUGAAUACGAGUGUCCAGAAAUUGUGGGUAGUGUCCAACCAGCUCCCAAGAAGAUCAAGUUUGAUGAAGGUUAGAAUGAGCGUUUAGUUCUCAGUAGCUAUAAUAUUAUCACACCAGAGGAUGAAGACGGAGGACGGGGAAAAGUCACGGGCCAUUGUGUGUUUCCAGUUUCUUAUUGUGAAGCAGGGGCUGUUUCCUACCAUCCUUGAAUCUCCAAAUUUUGAUCUUUGGAAUGUUUUGUCAAACAUACUUUAAAUUCUUUAAUAUGAAUUCCCUUCUAUAUUGAAGCUUUAUGCCUCACAAUUCUGACUCACAGGGAUUGGAAACUGAAUAGUAAAUUUUGAAGUCGUACCGAUGGCGUGCGCCUAUCUGGUUCGACAUAUCGGAUACAAAUGUAUAGGAUCUCAUGUUUCAGGUUCGACCA